AAAACGAUGGGGAAUAGAGUAAGCCGAUCCUGUCUCCAACGGGCCGGAAGCUAGCUGGAGCUGUUAUCCCCCCCACAUAGACGAUUCCCUUGCCAUCGAUGUUUCCCCGCGUGCCCUUUCGACGCUUGACUCGAUCAUUAUGAGUCCCUACGUACGAGAUGCAUGCUCCGAGGGCAAACGGAUAGGAUUAAGCUGCUAUGACGAGUUCGCGCGCUACAAAAGACCAAAUGCUGCCAUUUCUCGUCUCACAACUCCAUUCGCGUUACCAUUCCUACUUAAUGCAUUGUGACAACCUACGUUUGAACGUGUUCAUAAGUUAAGCAAUUGCACAAGCUGUGACAAACGUACGGCGUUUCGGUAACAAUGGUCAUUUUUAAGUCAAGACAACCUCCUAUUGACUUGCCCACUGAACUAACGGACUGGGACUGGUUAUUCGACUCAAAAUGGUCGCCAAUAAACAAAUACCCUGAGAAGGAGCUGGCCGGAUUUCAAAAUGCGAUCACGAAGGAACGGGUGAACUGGCGUCAAGUCAAAGACUAUUCAACAUACAUCUCCACCGCACUCGUCAAGAAAUAUGGCCUUCAGGAAGGCCAAACUGUUUCCUUGUUCAGCCAAAACACAGUCUGGUAUCCGGUAGCAAUGUUCUCCGGCCUACGCGUUGGAGCCAAAAUCAGCGGUGCGAGUCCUGCAUACAACACCGAAGAGAUGACAUUUGCUCUGAAAACCGCCGAUGCGAAGUUUCUCAUGACAACCCCCGGAAGCAUGGAGGUAGCUGCUGCAAGCGCGAAGGCCGCCGGACUCCCCCAGUCGAACAUUUUCCUCUUGGAAGGCGAAUUGCCUGGUUACACGACUGUUCAGGAGCUCAUUCAGAUUGGCAAAUCUUACGGCGCAGAUGGACAGGCUCCCGCUUUUAAGCUUCCUCCCGGCAAGAAGAAUAAGGACGUCUGUGGAUUCUUAUCAUUUUCAUCGGGAACGACUGGUCUCCCCAAGGCGGUCAUGAUAUCACACCAGAACGUGAUUGCCCAAUGCCUCCAGAUCCAGCAAAUAACGCCAGAAACACAGAAGAAGAUCAUGGCCGUGUUACCACUAUUCCACAUCACGGGUCUCGUGCACCAAAUGCACCUUCCAAUCCUCCUGAACGCCGAAGUCGUUAUGCUGCCACAAUUCACCAUGGAAAAGAUGCUCGACGUGAUUGUGGAAUACAAGCUCGGCGAAUUGCUCAUGGUUCCUCCUAUCCUGAUUCGAAUGGUCAGAGAUCCGCUCGUCGACAAGUACGACCUUAGCCAUGUUACCCGCUUCUCCUCCGGUGCGGCGCCGCUUUCCGAGGAAAUUAUCCAGCUCUUGGAGAAGAAGUUCCCCGGAACUGGUUUCAAGCAGGGCUAUGGUAUGACGGAAUCAUGCUCGUGUAUUACCGCCCAUCCGCCCGAGAAAUUCUCGUACAAGUACGCGCAUUCCGGCGGCGCUAUUGUGGCAUCGACGGAAGUCAAGAUCAUCAAGGAAGAUGGAACCGAAGCACAGCGGGGAGAGAGCGGCGAGGUUCUUGCUCGCGGCCCGCAAGUCGUCAUGGGGUAUCUCAACAACGAGAAAGCUACUAGGGAAACCUUCGACUCAGAUGGCUGGUUGCACACUGGCGAUCAAGGCAUGAUUGAUGAGGAAAACAUGAUCUACAUCCAAGAUCGUAUAAAAGAACUCAUCAAGGUCAAGGGAAUUGGUGUGGCCCCUGCAGAGCUUGAAGACCUGUUGCUUGGCCACGACAAGGUGGAAGAUGUGGCAGUCCUUGGUAUCAAAGACGACUACUCUGGCGAAUUACCUAAAGCCUACGUGGUAUUGAAACCUCAAUUCACCGCAGACAGUGCGAUUGGGAAAGAACUGAUCGCUUUUGUGAAGGAGAAGAAGGUCCGAUAUAAGUGGAUCAAGGAGAUAGAGUUCUGCGCAGAGAUACCAAAAAGCGCAAGUGGUAAGAUUCUGAGGCGAGUGCUCAGAGACAAGGAGAGAAGUGGGCAAAACAGAGGCACUGUUGUCCGAGACGACACAAAGGCGAAAUUGUAGGCAAUCCAGAUAGGAUAGAAUAUCUCUGUCUCCAGCAAUCAACCAUCUCCAGUAGAUAUACCACUUCGA